AUGAAUAAUAACAUCUACAUGAUACUCUUUAUUUUUCUUCAUGAAGUCUGUAAGUUCUUGGUCAAUUGCAAUGUUGCUCAUGUGGAUCAGGUUUUAACCGUAAAAGAGGGAGGGAAUGUAUUGUUACCUUGUCUUAUUGUAAAUGAUCAGUUACACCGAGCACUGUGGUAUAAACAGGUUCUUGGAGAGAAACCUGUCCUAAUAGUGUCAUCAUAUCACCACUCUCAACCGAAUGAAUUUUCUCCUGACUUUGAAGCAAGUCAACGUUUCCAUGCAGUGCGAAAGGAUGAUAGUUUUAACUUAACCAUCCUGAGAACCUUGAAAUCUGAUUCAGGCACGUAUUUCUGUGGUGCUGCCUUUGCUAAUGUUAUUUCCUUCAGCACUGGAACUGUUUUGCUGGUUAAAGGUGCAGACCUCAAACCUGCUGUUAUUCAACAGCCUGUGCUUGGUGUUAUGAAGCCAGGAAGCAAUGUGACUCUGCAGUGCUCAGUAGAAGUGAAGAUGUGUGAGAAAGGAGUACAACUAGUCUACUGGUACAGACGCAGUUCAGACACAAUGCAUCCAGGAAUGGUUUAUACUCAUGGAGACAUGAACAAUGAGUGUGGGAAGAACUCUGCAGCCUCCUCUCCUAUGCAGAGCUGUCUGUACAACCUCCCCAAGAUGAAUGUUGGUCUCUCUGAUGCUGGACUAUACUACUGCGCUGUGGUAACUUGUGAUGAAGUUUUAUUUGGAAAUGGCACAACAUUGGUCAUUGAAGAUGAAUUUAAUAGUGAGAGGAUGCAACAUUUUAUUUUAAUUGGCCUUGCAGUGCUGUGUACAGUCAGUUUUACCAUCAAUAUUUUGCUCUGUAUACCAUUAAGAAGAAAAGAUAGAACGCCUCAACAAAUCCAGACUACCAAUGGCGAUACAACAAGAGUUCAGUACCGCAACACAGAUGACAUUAACUAUGCUGCUCUGAACCUUUCCACUAAAAGAGGUCAGAGGAAAAGGACCUUAGAGGAGACAACGUACUCUGUACCGACAUUGCGAGACAAGAUCUGAAACUUAUAGCUGCUGAUUGUUUAAACGUACCAUAAUAUUUAACAUAAUA